AACUGAGUUGAACUCCUCUUAGGUGUUAAUCUGCGCUGUUAUCGGCAUGGCCGCCGCCGUGGGAAUCGUUGUCAGCGAUGAUUUGAAGGCCGAAGUGCUGAGCCGCAAGGAGGAUGUGCGCCCAGAUGGAUUUGAAGCCUUGUUGGAGACUAGCAACUCCAUCAGUCGCAAGGAGAGCGGCGAUGAGAAGGGCAAUAUCCAGGGCGUCUUCGGCUGGGUCUCCCCCGAGGGCGUGAAGGUCGAAGUGAGCUAUGUGGCUGAUGAGAACGGAUACCAGCCCAAGAGCGAUUCUCUGCCCACUCCUCCCCCAAUCCCCGACGAAAUCCAGCGUGCUCUGAAAUGGAUUGCUGCCAACCCACCCGCACCUGGUAGCAAAAUCUAAAGCUAAAGCAAAAACUGAAAUGAUUGAUCUGAUCCUGCGAUAGACAUUUAUCGUGAAUAAUA